UGAAGUGACCAUCCCAUGGUUCCUUUGCUGACGGACUUCGUAAAGGGGUUUAGUUGCUCGCUUUCGUUUGGAAAAAAAACCCGUCUGGGAUUCGCUCCUUAUCUCCAUAAACGUAUUUGUUACCUAAGUAUGAUUACACCUGUACAACGUUACGAAAGAAAUGUUGCUGUCCAAGUAGGCAGUUCACUCGGAUUUGAGACACAGCCAGAGUUCUCUUUUCCUAUUGGCUCUGGUCUCCUUAUGCUAUGCUAAUUCCUGUAUAUAUAUAUGUGCUUAACCGAGGAUUAACUAACAUACUCUUUAAAAUAGGUGUCUUCCUAUAAUAUGUAUGUUAUUGGACUGAAGGUUAAUAUUUGCGAUUAUGGAGAUGUUAUUAUUAGCGGGCCUGAGCGCUAACGUUAGUUGUGUAACGUUACUGCCUGUUAACAACAGUUAACGUUAGCCUGUUAGCAAUAGUGUAAAAUCAGAUGAUGGAGGAUGCAGUGGAUGUUAAACUAAAUCACUGGAAUAAAUGACGACCUAAAUGUUUUCAUGUUACAAUGGCAGACUAGACCGUAGUACAGAUGUAACCUAAGCCUACUUUGCCUUUGAGAUGAACAGAGGAUGCAAAGUUACUGUUCAGAAAUAUUUCCUGGGGAAUUUAUUUGAAAUUACAAAUAUGAUGUGUCACUUAGGAAUUCAGGUGGCCGUUUACUGAACCCUCGACAUGGCUGGACAGUUCCAACAUUACUCAGAGGACAAUGACCUUCAAAGCAAUUAAAGCAGUUUAACACAAGGCUUCUUUUUGAAGAACCGUUCCAUUCCAUGGCGAUCCGAGCCGCUUCCUGGUACCAAGGUCCAUUCACCAAAUCUCUCCAAAGGCCAGAGGCUCUGUUUCACAACAGUUUUAACCCCAGCCUGAAGUGGCUCAUGGGUCAGAAGGACAAAGAUGGUAGUUGGGACUCUGAGAUUGACAGCAUCACUUCCUGUUCCUCCAGAAAUAUCCAACGUCUUGGACAAACUUUACAAAACCUCAGCUCUCAGUGCCACACAUUCCAUGAUUCUGCAUCAGGAGACAGGCUAUUUGGUAGUGUCAUAGGUCUUUCUUCCUCUGCAGAAGAUGAUUUUUACCACCACCAUCAGUUUGCAGCCUUCAGCCAGCAUUACUGUCAGCUACAACACCUGAUGGAUCACAGAGCUCAACUGCUCUUUCUCCAUGAGUACAGCCAUCGCACACAUAUGGCAGCCUGCUUUGUGGUACAACUAAACUCAGUAUUGGAGAAGACACAUCUUCUUUUAACUGACAAGGGGCAAGUAGCUGAGCAGACCAACUCCACAUGGAACCUCAGCCUUAGAGCUUUGUGCCAAGAAAUGCAGGUUCACAUCAACCAUUGGGAUCUGCUCUGGGCCAAUGCACAAUCUGACUUCCAUCUCCGGCGUGUUCUUUUUAGCCGUGUGAAGACCCUUGCUUCCAUGCAGCAAACUCUACACUUGCUGGGCUUCCAGGCCUUGUGUCUGAUGGAGCUGUGCAUCCAUACUGCACUUUCUGCUUUGGUUGCUGUCCAGUUAGAUAGUGUGCCCAGAGAUGCUUUAGUGGACCUGUUUUGUGCGGUUGAGCUGUACAACCAGAUCGUAGAAGACAAGUGGAUCCAGAGCACAACAUCUGCCUUUGACUUAGAGCUUAUGUUUAGCUCAUAUGGGCCACAGUUAGGACCUGUUUUUCUUCAAAACAGAACUGGUCCUAAAACAUUCUCAGUUGAGCAGCUGAUGAAGAUUCUGGCCCAGAGUCAGGCUCAGAAAGCAGCCAAACAACUUUACACAUGUUCUUCCCAGCAGAAUAACCACCUCCACAUGGCAAAAAAUACCAACAAACUUAAGAGUCACUUUGCACGCCCUAAUCUCAACAGUCAGCUUUUGUCCUCUCUUGAAAUAAACAUUCAUACAGUACAACUUAAACCUCAAGCUUCUGUUAAUGAGGUUCCCCAAAAGCCCUUGCACAGCCUCCGUUCCUUGAAUCUUCCAUUCUCUUUGUUUAUCUUUCAAGACCAAGAGUGUAUUGACACCCUCUUUCAAGUCCUAGUGACCUCAACAAAUCUCCUAGCUUCACUUAUUCACAAAAAAACUCUUUUAGACAGGACAUCUGAUCUGGAGGAAUAUGUGUUGAUUUGUCGUGGGGCCAGUGAAGGAGAAGAUGGACUGCUAAACAGCCCCAGAAUGUCCUCCAGGACCCACAGUGUGGCCUCGAUGGAUCUUAGGAAGUUAGACGCAUAUAUGAAGCUCUCCUCUUAUUACAAGAAACUGCUGUGGAGGGAAUUUGGAAAAGCAGUUGUAAGACACUUUUACUGUCAGUCAUACAACAGCACUCUGGGAAGUAUCAACCAGUGGAACAAUGAAAUGGUGCUUCAUUUUGUUACCUGGCUCAAAAAUGUGUAUAUUGAAGACUUUAUUUCACAGGAAUGUAAAGGAAAUUUGAGCAAUGUCUGCUCUUAUAUUUUAUCUGCUGCUGCCUUCACACAGUGGGAUGAAAUGAUGUGUUUGUCGCUGGGCUCAGGGCUAAAAGAGAGGUGUGUCCUUGGAUUUAAACAGGAAAGAUGUGCAGUGAGGACUGCCACCAUGGAUCUCAUUCUCCAGCUCUUCCCACCUCUGCAUAUUGUUCUUCAGCUACUGCAAUGCCCAGAUGUAGAGUCAGUUGACAGUGGAUCCAAGAGAGUCGAGAAAAAUCAUUUGGGAUUGCUAUGUAGAUCUGUUGCAACUGUCCAGUCCUCUACUCUCUGGGUUAUGAGUAAAGCUUUCCAGUUUCUGGCUUCCUGGUCCCUUACUAAGUUCUUGCUGGUCACACAAGGCGAUCUUAAGGAUCUCAAGGAGUCAGUGGAACGCUUGGUCCAUCUCACUCUAACUGCUGGCAGAAAUUCAGCUCACCCACUGAUAAUUCAGGAGACAGCCUCCCUCUCUAAGGCACUUACAGAUCUACAAGUUUUCUCUGAUCUUGUCCUGAGGACCUUUUCUGUAGACUGCAAGAAAAUGUCUGUGGAGAUCUUUGAGCAAACCAUGCCAUCAGCAAAGCAUUGGAGGAUUAAUCACAAAACUGAGCUGCCCAGCAGUCCUAGUGAUUAUGCAGCCUCUGCUGCUCAGAUUGUUAUUGGUCAGGUCCUGGAGGGGGUUCUGCCUCUGCCUGAUGAUGCUCGUAUUCUUGCUCUCACUGAGACUAUGACAGCAUUUAUGGAGGCCUGGAUGGAGCACAUCCUUAAACAGAAGAUCAAGUUUAGCAUUCAGGGAGCUCUGCAACUGAAGCAGGACUUCGACUUGAUUCGAGAUCUCAUUCGUUCAGAGGAAUAUAGCCUCUCAGACGAGCUGUACCAGAAGCUGCUGUCACUCCGUGUUUUUCAUCAGAUGGAUAAUGCAAUCGUGUGCCUGCUUCAGCAGCCUAUGGCCAAACCUUACCUGCCCUCUCACAGCUGGGAACCCUUCAGACACUGCUGUCCAAGCAGUGGACAGGUCAUGGACCAGGCAGCAGGGAGUCUUAAUAAUCUGGAGAGUAUGAACAUACAGGCAGCGUACCAGGAGGCCCUGACACAAGUUGAGAGCUCAGUGACCCCUGAGCUGCUGUCCUCCUCCCCACCUGAGUCCUACUUGGCCGUGGCUCAGCAGGAGUGGCUAGACCUGCGGAUACACAGCGGCUCACGCUGGAAGCUCCCAGUGCUGCAUUGUUUCACUAAAUCUGAACCUUAGUCCAGUUCAGGUUUCUUGCUAGAUGGCGUUAAAAAUUCACUGGGUCAUUAUGUGAAAAUCAACUCUGAAACCUUUGUGUAGCAUUCAUAUUUUCUGUGAAAAAUGUCACUGCUGAUGCCUUUCUGAAUAAAUAUGUAUAUUUAUCUAUUUA